AUGAAGAUGCUCACUAAGGGUAUUGCUUUCCACCCAAAAAGACCUUGGAUCUUGGUUGCUCUCCACUCCUCGACGAUUCAGCUUUGGGAUUACCGGAUGGGAACCUUGAUCGACAGGUUUGAAGAGCACGAUGGUCCGGUCAGAGCUGUUGAUUUCCAUCCAACGCAACCGAUUUUCGUGUCUGGUGGUGACGACUACACCAUCAAGGUUUGGUCUUUGCAAACCAGGAAAUGUCUGUUCACUUUGAACGGCCACUUGGACUACAUCAGAACCGUGUUUUUCCACCAUGAUUUGCCAUGGAUCCUUUCGUGUUCGGACGAUCAAACCAUCAGAAUCUGGAACUGGCAAAACCGCCAGGAAAUCGCUUGCUUAACCGGUCAUAACCACUAUGUGAUGUCUGCUCAGUUCCAUCCUUCCCAAGAUUUGAUUGUCUCCUCAUCUUUGGAUCAGACCGUCAGAGUUUGGGAUAUCUCGGGAUUGAGAAAGAAGCACUCGGCACCUCAAGGUGGCUUGCGCUCUUUCGACGACCAGUUUGCCAGAAACCAGGUUCCUCAACAGGAUAUUUUUGGUAACACAGAUGCAGUCGUCAAAUACGUCCUUGAAGGUCAUGACAAAGGUGUCAACUGGGCCACGUUCCACCCAACACUGCCUUUAAUCGUCUCCAGUGGUGACGACAGAGUCGUUAAACUCUGGAGAAUGAGUGAAACUAGAGCUUGGGAAGUCGACAGCUGUAGAGGACACACCAACAACGUCCCUUGUGUGCUGUUCCACCCAACCGAAGACCUCAUUAUUUCUGUUGGUGAAGACAGAACUAUAAGAACUUGGGAUCUGAAUAAGAGAACCCCUGUCAAGCAGUUCAAGAGAGAAAAUGAUAGAUUCUGGCUUGUUAUUGCCCACCCACACAUGAACUUGUUUGCUGCAUGUCAUGACUCCGGUGUGAUGGUCUUCAAGCUUGAUAGAGAAAGACCAGCCAAUACUCUUUUCCAAAACACUCUCUUCUUCAUCAACAACGAAAGUCAAGUUCAGCAAUACCAGUUUGACAAGCAGCAAGUGUCACUUCCAAUGCUUUCUCUCAACAAAAUCAGCAAGUCAUGGACUAAAAUCAGAAACAUUUCUUACAACCCAGCAGAGCGUUCUUUGCUGGUCCAGGCUGGCGAAAAUGAAAACGGCGUUUACGCUUACAUGGAUCUUCCAAAGGAGAUCGUUGGUGCUUUAGAACCAAGCCCAAGAGGUGAAGGAUCCGCCACGGCUUCAUGUUUCAUUGCCAGAAACAGAUUCGUCACCUUCUCCAAGAUCACACAUAAAUUAGAAGUUAGAGACCUCAGAAAUGCUGUUACCAAGGUCAUUGACUUGGAUCCCGCUGUUAAGGAUAUCCUCUAUGCAGGACCUGGUACCGUCUUGUUGAUGAAACCUAAUGAGGUGGUUCAUUACGACGUUCAACAAAAGAAAGAGUUGGCAAAGAUUCAAAUAAGCAACGCCAAAUAUGCUGUUUGGUCUGCAGACACCCAGUAUGUCGCUCUCCUGUCUAAGCAUACCAUUGUCAUUGCAAACAAGAAACUCGAAACAUUGAUGUCUAUGCACGAGACCAUCAGAGUGAAGAGCGCUGCAUGGGACGAUUCCGGUGUUUUGAUCUACUCCACUUUGAACCACAUCAAGUAUGCCCUUUUGAACGGCGACAACGGAACAAUCAAGACCUUGGAGAACACCCUUUAUGUCAUUAAGGUGUCUGGUAGACAGUGUUACUGUCUGAACAGAAAGAGUGAAGUUGAAGUCGUGCCAAUUGACCCAACUGAGUACAGAUUCAAGAAGGCUUUGGUCAACAAGAACUUCAACGAGGUUCUUAGAAUCAUCAAGACAUCCAACCUUGUUGGUCAAAAUAUCAUUGGCUACUUGCAGAAACAGGGGUACCCUGAAAUUGCUUUGCAGUUCGUUGAGGAUCCAGAGACCAGAUUUGAGUUGGCAAUCGAAUGCAACAACUUGGACAUCGCUCUUGAAGAGGCGAAGAAGUUGAACAAUGCCGUGAUUUGGGAAAAGCUCGGUAAGGAGGCAAUUCUGCAAGGUAACGUUCCUGUUGUUGAGCUUGUCUAUCAACAGCUCAAGAAAUUGGAGAAAUUGUCUUUCAUCUACCUUGUUUCCGGUGAAACUGACAAAUUGUCCAAGAUGGAGCAGAUCGCCGAAAACAGAGGCGACUUCUCUUCUUUGUUCCAGAACACUCUUUACUUGAAUUCCAUUGAAAAGAGAAUCAACACUUUCAUUGAAACCGGUCUCACACCUCUUGCAUAUGCCCUUGCGAAGACCAACGGUCUAGACGAUAUUGCCGAGUCUAUCUUGUCUGAAUCUGGAUUGACCGAAGCAGACAUCCAAAUGCCAGAAUUUGGUCAACAGAGCGCUGUUGAGCAACCAAAGACCAUUUCCAACACCCCAUGGCCUUUGGAGAAAGCUUCGUUGUCGUUCUUCGAGGAGGCGCUUCUUGGGAACUUUGAGGGUCUAUCUCUCGAAAGUGAGCCACAGGCGCAACCUAAGAGCGCUGACAAAUUUGCAUCCAACCUUGAAGACGAGAAUCUGUUUGAAGAUGCCGAGCCAUUGGAGGAAGAUGAAGGUUGGGACCUUGGCGAUGAAGACCUUGAAGUCGAAGUCGAUGAGGAGGCUGAGGAUGAAGAGUUUGAAGAGGUUGGCGCGCUAUCUGGAGAGUUGGGUCUUUGGGUCAGAAACUCCAGAUGUGCUGCCGGAUACAUUGCUGCAGGAGCGUUUGAGCCUGCUGCUCAGAUGCUGAACAAGCAGCUCGGUAUUGCCAACUUUGAGCCUUUGAGAAAGAGAUUCUUGGAGGUGUACCAGGCCAACAAGGUUUCUUUCCCAGCGAUUGACGGUCUUCCAUCCCUCAAGACUUAUGUGCGGGCUGAUCCUGAGGAAGAGAGCAGCUCCAAGGCACUGCCAUUUGUGCCAGGAUUCGACAAGCUUGAAACCGGACUGCACGAAGGAUUCAAGCUGUUUAAGGCCAACAAGCUUGAGGAGGCCAUUGUUGUUUUCAGAGAGCUGAUCUACGUUGUUGCCACGUUGGUGGUGUACGACAAGGACGAUGAGGAGAAGUGCAAGGAAAUCUUGAGUGUGUGCAAGGAGUACAUUUUGGGUCUUUCAAUCGAGCUGGCCAGAAGAGCGUUGCCUCAGGACGAUGCGAAGCGCAACUUGGAGCUUGCUGCUUACUUCACUAAGGCCCAGCUGCAGCCUGCACACAGAGUGAACGCUCUGCAGGUUGCCAUGACACAGUCGUUCAAGUACAAGAACUAUGCUCUGGCUUCUUACUUUGCCGGUGAGUUCUUGUCUGUUGUUUCGUCUGGACCUCGUGCUGACCAGGCCACCAAGAUCAAGGCCAAGUCCGACUCGAUUUCCACAGAUGCUGUUGAGGUGGACUUUGAUCCAUAUGCCGACUUUGAGGUGUGCAGUGGUACGUUUACGCCGAUAUAUAAAGGUUCUCCUUCGGUGACGGAGGCCCUGACUGGUGCGCGGUACCAUGCUAGUGAGAAGGGAAAGAUUUGUUCCAUCACCAAGGUGACUAUUAUUGGGGCUCCUGCUUCCGGUCUGCUUUGGGAACUUGAAUCUGUCCGGGACUUUGGUGUUGAUUUCGAUCUUGUAGAUUUCCAAAUGGUUUUUCAGACUGAGCAGGUUGAGGAAGUUGCCGCCAAUAAUCACCGAGUCGCAUGGAGUCACGUCCAUCACAGGCACCUCCUUGUCAAGACCGACCUGCUCAGCGAUCUGGUCCACGCUCAGCUUGGGGAACCGGAAACUCAGGUCGUAGCAGCUCUUUGCGUUGGUCACAGUGGGAUUGCACGCGGGGAUCAGGAUCGGCCGUUUCAUCUGCGUGCGGAAAAUGAUGUCCUUGAUGGUGGCGUCCGUUAUGCGGCCAUUGGAGUCGCCGUCAACCUCGGGCCGCACAAUGUAUAUCAGCUUAUCCAAGGGCCUAUCGUUAUCGAAGCUCUUGAACCGGUCAAUAUGCGGGUGUUUAUCGAUUUCGCGCAGCUGCUGGCCCUCGUUGAACGCGAUGUAGUCGAUCUUGCGCUUGGCACGGCCGGACUUGCGGCGCAGCACCGAGUCGCCGUGUUUGGCUGCGCAGUCGGUGCAGUGGUACUCGGCAAUCAGCUCGAGCUCGUGUCUUUUCAAUCCCACGCACAAGGCGUGGAACCAGCGUGCACACACCUCGCAGCCUAUCCACACGGGCUGCGGUGCGAGGCCCGCGUCGGUAUCGUCGGCACAAUGGCAAACGGAGCAGGUGUCGUUGUUGAUGUUCUGAACCGUCAUCUAGUGAGCCGGAACAAGGCCGCGCGGUCGCCAAAGAACAUUCAAGCACAAUACGAGGCCAAAAGACAGGAGGUGAUCAACCCAAGAUUCAUUAACGGGUUCGAGAGCCAGACUACUUACGACCCGUUCGACUUCUCGAUGGCCAAACUCAAGUUCGCCGCUAAACAGGAAACAGAGCUCAGAAAAACAAGACUGACAAAGUCGCUGCUCAACGCCAAAGAGGUCAACCCUCUGGACUUCUAUCUGUUCCCAAAAUUGCUGUCGCAGAACCUGUUUCCCGUCGGAACCAUCAAACACAGAUCCGUGACACAGCUGAAGCCAAAGAAACAGGUCUUGAUGACCAGAGCCGUCAAACGUGCUGUCAACGCUGGGUUCCUUGGUACAAUGUCGCGGGACGUGGUGUACAGCCCAAGAAGAGGUGAAACACUAUAG